AUGUUAAACCACAACACAGCUGCGAUCAUUCGAGCGACCAACGAAUUUCACGGAGGAAGAAGGAUAAUGGACCGUCUUUUGCAUGCUUUCGGCUACUUUAGCUUCGGCACAAAGCUGGAUGUCGCGGAAGAACUCCGCUCAAAGGAAGAGGUGUUGACGAAGAGAAAGAAUAUGAUAGGAUCAAAAUGUCAAAUUUUCUAUCAAGACGAUCCGUUCAUGGUGUCCAGAGCUUCCAUGCAAUAUUUGUACGAUGAAGCAGGGAAACAGUAUGUGGAUUGUAUCAGCAACGUCCAACAUGUUGGUCACUGUCAUCCACAAGUAGUGGAGGCGAUCACCAAGCAGCUGAGCACAUCCACUUGCAACGUACGAUUUGUCAGCCAAAAACUCACCGAUUGCGCUGAAGAGAUCCUCAAAACGCUUCCAGGACUUGAUACGGUUCUUUUCUGCAAUUCCGGAUCAGAAGCAAAUGAUUUGGCUCUUCGAUUGGCACGUGAUUAUACCGGACACACGGAUGCUAUCGUUAUUGAUCAUGCGUAUCAUGGACAUGUGACGACAACCAUGCAAAUGUCACCGUACAAAUUCGAUCAUGGAUCAUCGUUACCGCAACCGGAAUGGGUUCACGUGGCACCAUGCCCAGAUGUUUACCGUGGGGAGUAUCGACUUACGGAUGAGGAACUAAACAAUCCUGAAAAACUGGUAAAAGCUGGAGUUCAUUACUCAAAUGCUGUGAGAAAUAUCAUCGAAAAGGCCGAAUCAAACGGUCGCACGGUGGCUGCCUACUUCGCUGAAGCGUUGCAAUCGUGCGGUGGUCAAGUGAUUCCUCCGGCUGGAUAUUUCUUGGAUGUAGCAAAACACGUUCGGACGCAUGGUGGCGUGGUGGUGAUCGAUGAGGUACAAACCGGAUUCGGUCGAGUUGGAAAGAAAUAUUGGGCUCAUCAACUCUACGACGAUGGUUUUUGCCCAGAUAUCGUCACUAUGGGUAAGCCAAUGGGAAACGGAUUCCCAGUUUCAGCGGUGGUUACCACGAAAAAGAUCGCUGAUACUCUCGGUGGAAGUGUUGGAUACUUCAAUACGUAUGGCGGAAAUCCCGUAGCUUGUGCGGCCGUUCUUAGUGUGAUGAAAGUGAUUCGGGAUGAACACCUGUUGGAACACAGCCAAGAAAUGGGCGAAGAAUUUGAGAAGGAGUUAAAUCAAUUAAAGAAAAAAUACAAAUGUAUAGGAGAUGUUAGAGGAGUGGGUCUCUUCUGGGGAAUCGACAUCGUCAAGGAUCGUGCUACUCGUGAACCUGAUCAGAAACUAGCGCUAGCCUUGAUACUAAAGCUUCGACGAGAACGUGGAAUUCUACUGAACGCCGACGGUCCCUACAGUAAUAUCCUGAAAAUCAAGCCACCGCUAUGCUUUAACAAGCAGAAUUUAAUUGAUACGAUCAACGCCCUUGACCGAACUCUCGCCGAAAUGGAUCAAUGA